AUGCCACCCUCUCUCUUGCUCUUGUCAGAUACCAAGGAGAAUAUCAAUUCACUGCAGGAACCUCAAGAGCAGGCUGUCAGCACUAGGAAGAUUCCACAGAAUGCAAAGUGGAUUUCGGGAGAUGAUGCAACACUCCUUGACUCUCUCAAGACUUUUGCUGAUAGAAACUUGGCUGAUAAUGGCACCUUCAAGUCUGCAGCAAAGGCCCUCAAAGACAGCCACAAAACCAGUGGGGGUGCUCUGAAAACUGUGAAAAGUUGCUCAUGUCGUUGGGCCACUACAAGGAAGAUUGUCAUUGCCAGUGACAAAGUGUGGGAUGAUUACCUCGAGGCCCAUCCUGAAGCCAAGACGAGCCCUCCAUGGCCAAGCACACUUCUCCUUGAUGACGAAAAUGAUGUCUUCAUAGGUGAGGAUGCACUUGGAGGGAAUCACGAGUCUGAAUCAGCUGAUGAGAAAGUGUUGACACCUAUUUCUCACACUCCACGUGUUCCGAAACACGGACAUGCUCCUUCAGUAUCACCAGCUUCAACCGGAGUCCAUAAAAAAUGUUCCAAUGCAAAGCUGACUGGUCCAGCAGCAAUUCUCGGAGUAGCUGAUGCUCUCGAGUCUGUUGCUACGUUGUUCACUGCUCCUACUAGUUUUCUUGAUGAUGCUGUUUGUGCUGAUGCAUCCUUAUCUUCUGAUGAAUGUGCCAAGGUUGUUGCUCUAUUUACCAAGGAUGUAUAUGUCCCUCUCCAUUCUAUGUACAUUCAUCUUGAACUCAGAAAAAUAUAG